AUGGAAUCGCGAGCGUCUCUGGCCCGGAUGCUUUCUAGCUUCUUGAAUGAGAAAAUAUUUAUCAGCGCACUUAAGUCGUAUUUGGAGACAUUUUCUUACUCAAAUGCUGAGCAAGAUGAUCUAUGGAGGCAUUUGCAAAUGGCCAUAGAUGACCAGAGUAAAAUUCUUUUGCCAGCAACAGUAAAAAGCAUCAUGGACAGUUGGACACACCAGAGUGGUUUUCCAGUUAUCACCUUAAAUGUAUCUACUGGCAUCAUGAAACAGGAGCCAUUUUAUCUUGGAAAGGUUAAAAAUCAGACUCUUCUAACCCACAAUGACACAUGGAUUGUACCUAUUCUUUGGAUAAAAAAUGGAACUACACAGUCUUUAGUCUGGCUAGAUAAAAGCAGCAAAGUAUUCCCUGAAAUGCAAGUUUCAGAUUCUGAUCAUGACUGGGUGAUUUUAAAUUUGAAUAUGACUGGAUAUUAUAGAGUUAACUAUGAUAAAUUUGGUUGGAAGAAAUUAAAUCAACAGCUUGAAAAAAAUCCUAAGGCUAUUCCUGUUAUUCACAGACUUCAGUUGGUUGAUGAUGCCUUUUCCUUGUCUAAAAACAGUUAUAUAGAGAUUGAAACAGCACUUGAUUUAACCAAGUACCUUGCUGAAGAAGACGAAAUCAUAGUGUGGCAUGCAGUUUUGGUGAACCUGGUGACCAGGGAUCUUGUUUCUGAUGUGAACAACCAUGAUAUAUAUCCACUAUUAAAGAAGUAUCUGUUAAAGAGACUUAUCUCAAUAGGGAAUACUUACUCAACUAUAAUUCGUGAAAAUGUGGCAACACUGCAGGAUGACUAUUUAGCUCUAAUAUCACUGGAAAAACUUUUUGGAACUGCGUGUUGGUUGGGUCUGGAGGACUGUCUUCAGCUGUCAAGAGACCUCUUCAGAAACUGGAUGAACCAUCCGGAGAAUGAAAUACCUUAUCCGAUUAAAAAUGUGAUUUUAUGUUAUGGCAUUGCCUCGGGAAAUGAUAAAGAAUGGGAUUUUUUGUUAAAUAUCUACAAUAAUAAGACAAAGGAAGAAGAAAGGAUUUAACUUGCUUAUGCAAUGAGCUGCAGUAAAGAUCCAUGGAUACUUAACAGAUAUAUGGAGUAUGCCAUCACUACAUCUCCAUUCACUUUUAAUGAAACAAAUAUAAUCGAAGCUGUGGCAGCCUCUGAAGUUGGCCGAUACCCCGCAAAGGACUUUUUAAUCAACAAUUGGCAAGCUGUGAGUGAAAGGUAUGGAACACAAUCAUUGGUUACUCUGUUAUACGUAAUAGGGAGAACCAUAAGUACAGAUUUACGAAUCUUAGAGCUGCAGCAGUUUUGCAGUAACAUGUUGGAGGAGCACCAGAGACUCACAGUUCAGGCCAAAUUACAGACAAUAAAGAAUGAAAAUCUGAAAAACAAGGAGCGAAGUGCCAGGAUAGCUGCGUGGCUACAGAAAAACACAUAA